UUUCAUUUCACUUCCGGUACAGUAUCUGUCAGUUGUGCAUGGUUCAGGUGACUGAUAAAGUUAACAGACACAGCAUAGAGCGAUGGGAAGUCUGACAAAAGUGUGUACAUUGGAAGGCCACGAGGACCAGGUCUGGUGUGUGGCGUGGAACCCAGCUGGCUCGCUGCUUGCCUCGUGUGGAACAGACAAGACUAUCCGCAUCUGGGGACGUGAGGGUGAUAACUGGGUGUGCAAGUCCGUACUCACUGAUGGCCAUCAAAGGACUAUCAGGAAUGUGGCUUGGUCACCUUGUGGGAAUUACUUGGCCAGUGCCAGUUUUGAUGCCACUGUCUGCAUUUGGAGUCGCAAGGAAGGAGAGUUUGAAUGCAUAGCAACCUUGGAAGGUCAUGAGAAUGAGGUGAAGGCCGUUUCCUGGGCAACCUCUGGCAGUCUAUUAGCAACCUGCUCCAGAGAUAAAAGUGUCUGGAUCUGGGAGGUGACGGAGGAUGAGGACUUUGAGUGUGCAAGUGUGAUGAGUGCCCACAGCCAGGAUGUGAAAUACUGUACCUGGCACCCAAGCAGGGAGAUCCUGGCCUCAUGUAGCUAUGACAACACUGUAAAGCUCUUCAAGGAGGAGAUAGAUGACUGGACAUGCUUUGCCACUCUGGAGUCACAUGAAUCAACAGUUUGGAAGGUGUGCUUUGAUGCUGAGGGUCACAGGCUUGCAUCCGUCAGUGAUGAUAAGACUGUGAAGAUCUGGCAGGAGUACAUGCCAGGCAACCAGGAGGGUGUGCCAACAGUUGGGAAGGAUGGUACAUGGAAAUGUGUGUGUACGCUGUCAGGUUAUCAUGAUAGGACGAUAUUUGAUGUAGAUUGGUCACACCUCACUGGUAGACUGGUUACAGGAGGUGGGGAUGAUUGCAUACGAGUAUUUAGGGAAGAAGAGGGUUCAGAUAAAAACCAGCCAUCUUAUAAUCUUAGUGCCAGUGUACGAAAGGCUCAUAGCCAGGAUAUCAACUGUGUUGCUUGGAACCCCAAAGUUGAGAACUUUCUUGCCUCAUGCAGCGAUGAUGGGACUGUAAAAUUGUGGAAUUAUAAUGAACAGGACAUUUAGGAACGUGGCCAUGUAAACUAGGAAGUCAGAAAAAGCCUUUCAGUCUGUGUUUAUUUAAUUAUCUAAUCAGAACUAGUUUCACUACUUUAUAGUCUUAAUAAAUAAAUCCCUAAUAUGUAGACUGUUUGUUAAUUGCAAGAAACGAGAGUUUAGUUCUUAAUUUUUAAAUGAUUAUUAAGACUUUUGUCAUGAUUGUAUCAUUAAAAUAAAAUUGUCAGUAUGUAGA